AGUUAGGGUUUAAUCCUGUAAAGUUUGCCCCUGUAUACAGAUUAGACAUAAAUAUUUUAGGCCAGGAAUUUUUUAUACUCGACUUUGCGAUGGCCAUCAACAGUUGAUUGGUGUUUCGCUCCACAUUCAUAGAGAAAACCAUUCAGUAACUCAUUCAGUUUGCUGAUCGAUUUUUCAUGUACAAGUAGACGUGCACAUUGCUUGGCUCUCACCGUGAAGACCAACUAAUACACCAUGGAAGCAGCUACUUCUUUGGUAUGCUCAAGAGUCACACCUUUCGGGUUUUCGUUCUCGGCCAAACACUGUUUAACCCCAUUCAGACCUUUCGACAAACAAUUCGAAGACAGAAAUUUAUCUGUUAAAAAAUCCUUCACCCAGAACAAUCUUAAGCUUAUCAGAACCCCUUUAAAUUGCUCUGUCUUGCGUGCAUCCAAGUCCAGCAACCCACGUGGGUUAUCACUGAAGAGUUGUGAUAAUUCAUUUCGUUUACAGUCAUGUUUUCCAUCACCGUUAUCUGCUGCAAGUUCUGGGGUUACUAAUCGUUUCCACCUGAUCAGAUGCUCGUAUUCGAGUUCUGAUGCAACGGGUGCUAAUUCACAUAAUCCCUUGCUGGAAAGCCUCAGAAAUUUCAAUUUUGUGUCUUUGAAAUCAACCCUUUUGCAGUUGACGCCGGUUGAUGUUUGCAAGUGGUGUUUGAUAUUCUCUAUUGCAAUUGCAGCUUCGAAAUGGAGUCUGAAUUUAUUGUUCAACCCAUUUUUCUGGAUGUAUUUUAGUUGGACGUGGUUGUUCUGGCCAUGGUUAGUAGCAAUUGGCCUUGCGAUUUAUGGCCUUUAUAGCUUUAACAAGCAUUUAAGGGGUGAAGCCACUGUACUAGAGCAACUUGCCAUCGUUACCUCAGCUUUCACUUGGCUAACAUUAGUCCCGCCUGCUCAUUUUAAUGGCUUUCUGGAAGGAUGGCCCUUUGUGUUCUUUUUUGUGUACCAUUUUUUCUUUUUUCUCAAUGUGAGUGUUCGAAAGCGAUUAUAUGGUGAUUAUUAUCCUAGGAAGCACAAUACACAGUGGGACAUUAGUCUUCCCAAUUGGCAAAAGCUUCUGUUUUGCAUUGGAGUGAUGGUUGGACAUUGGCUAGCAGCAAGUGAAGGGACAGAACUGCAUCUAAUUCCUGGUGGGUGGAACAAUGUGGGUAUUUGGCUUUUGAUCAUGUUAACCGUGUUCAUGCAGUACCACUCCACCUUGUAUUUGGCCAAGUAUUCUGAGAAGGUGGUUGUGCCCACUGCUGUUGUCCAGUUUGGGCCAUACAGGUUUGUUCGCCACCCAAUUUAUGCGUCAACAAUGCUCCUGUUUGUUACAUACUUCACUGCACUCAGAGCACCAAUGAGUGCACUAUUUAUCAUUGCGGUUUGUGUUAUGUAUUAUGGGCAAAAGGCAAAAUUAGAGGAGGCCUUGAUGCUAGAGACCUUUGGAGAAAGGUAUACUGAGUACAUGGAUAAGGUUAGGUACAAGUUCCUUCCUUUUGUUUUUUAAUUUAAACAGUAGUCAGCCAUGAAGAAUUUUUCAAUUUGCAAGAAAGGAACAAAAAAUUUAUCUUCAGCUUUUAUGUUUACUGGUUUAAUUUCAAUUUCAUCAUUACCAUUUAUUUUGAUUAUAAAUGGUUGUGCAUUCAUGCGACCUUAAUUUGCAUUAUGUUAUUGUCACAGUUGAGCACAUAAAUGCAGUUUUUUGAUAUUA